AUGGAUGGACCUGCUGAGCGCAACUCCCCUAAAAACAUCCAGGGCAGCGCGGAGAUGCUACUGGCGUUGCUGUCGCACGAGGAGCUCCGGAAAGAAAUCCCGGUGUGCGCGGGCUGCAGUCAGCACAUCGUAGACCGCUUCAUUCUCAAAGUGCUGGACCGCCACUGGCACAGCAAGUGCCUGAAAUGCAGCGACUGUCAGGCCCAGCUCGCGGACAAGUGCUUCAGCCGAGGAGAGAGCGUGUACUGCAAAGACGACUUCUUCAAGAGAUUCGGGACUAAAUGCGCGGCAUGCCAGCAGGGCAUUCCGCCCACUCAGGUGGUGAGGCGGGCGCAGGACUUUGUGUACCACUUGCACUGUUUUGCUUGUAUCGUGUGCAAGAGGCAGCUGGCCACCGGGGACGAGUACUACCUGAUGGAGGACAGUAGACUAGUGUGUAAGGCGGACUACGAGACUGCCAAGCAGCGAGAGGCAGACUCAACAGCAAAACGACCACGAACAACAAUCACAGCAAAGCAGCUGGAAACACUGAAGAAUGCCUACAACAACUCUCCCAAACCAGCUCGCCACGUCCGAGAGCAGCUUUCCUCUGAGACGGGCCUGGACAUGCGCGUUGUACAGGUUUGGUUCCAGAACAGAAGAGCAAAAGAGAAGCGUCUAAAAAAAGAUGCUGGGCGGCAGAGGUGGGGCCAGUAUUUCCGUAACAUGAAGAGGUCCAGAGGAAGCUCCAAAUCUGACAAGGACAGUAUACAGGAGGAAGGCAUGGACAGCGAUGCCGAGGUCUCCUUCUCAGAUGAGCCUCCAUUGUCAGAACUGGGUCACUCUAAUGGCAUCUAUAACAGCCUGAGCGAGUCUUCACCAGCCAUGGGAGGACGUCAAGGGGGCAACAAUCACAACUCCUUUGCCCUGGACCACAGUGUGCUCCCAUCUCAAGACCAGUUCCACGACAUCCGCUCCAACAGCCCCUACGGUCUGCCCCAGUCCCCGGGCUCCCUGCCGUCUCUGCCCAGGCACCAACCACUCAUCUCCAGCCUGGUUUACCCUGACGCCGGCCUGUCCAUCAUGACCCCCGGUGCAAACAGUGGCAUCAAUCCCCGGGUUUCCAUGGCAACCAACAAUGGACCCAGUUCGGACCUCUCCACAGGCAGUAGCGGGGGUUAUCCAGAUUUUCCUGCCAGUCCUGCCUCCUGGCUUGAUGAAGUAGAUCAUGGACAGUUUUGA